CCUUCUCAAUUGGCCAUCUCUCUCUCUCUCUCUCUCUCUCUCUCUCUCUCUCGAUGGAGAAGAAGCCGGUGCAGUACUCGGUGGUGGAUGCAUUCACCGACACGGCCUUCAAGGGGAACCCGGCGGCGGUGUGUGUCUUGGAAGAAGAGAGGGAGGAGGAGUGGUUGCAGGCAGUGGCCAGGGAGUUCAACAUCUCGGAGACCUGUUACCUGACCCGGGCCUCGGGCUCGGAACUUGCCGGCUCGGGCGACGGGGGAUCGAGCCCGAGGUUCUGGCUCAGGUGGUUCACUCCAGUUGAGGAGGUUGAGCUCUGUGGUCAUGCAACGCUAGCUGCUGCGCACGCUCUCUUCACAUCUGGGAUGGUAGAUUCUGACACCAUCGAGUUUAUGACAUUAUCCGGAAUUCUGACUGCUAAAAGGGUUCCUGAAAUGAAGUCAUCCAACAUUUCAAAGAUUCAAGACGGUGAUGUGCCUGGAAUAUUGAUCGAAUUGGAUUUUCCUGUAGUCCCGAUCGCUGAAGAUGAUGCUGAGCGGAUUUCAUGUGUCUCCAAAGUUCUCAAUGGCACUUCCAUUGUUGAAAUCAAGAAGACGGCAACGGGCAACCAUUUCAUUGUUAUCCCAUCAGGGAAAGAAGUUGAAGAAUUUCAGCCCCAGUUUGAUGAGAUACAGAGAUGUCCUGGGAGGGGUAUUAUCAUCACAGGAUCGGCUCAGCCAGACUCAGGAUUCGAUUUUGUCAGUCGAUUCUUCGCCCCAAAACUUGGGGUGAAUGAGGAUCCUGUAUGUGGCAGUGCACAUUGUGCUUUGGCACCUUAUUGGAGUGAAAAGCUGGGGAAAAAUGAUCUCGUUGCCUAUGCUGCAUCGCCCAGAGGUGGAGUAGUGAAGGUGCACUUGGACGAGCAGAACCAGAGAGUGAUGCUGCGCGGCAAAGCUGUAACUGUAAUGAAGGGCUCUCUUCUUGCUUGAAUUUCUAGGCGCUUCUUCUCACUUUUGAACUUACAGCGCGUGAAAUUCCUGUAUGUGAGAAGGAACUGAAAUAAGUGGGCUUAUGUGGUGGGUUGGAUGUUACCGAUUGGAAUAGGGUGAACUACCUGAGAUCAUAUUUUCCUUUAUGAGAGGUUCUCAAUCUGCUUGCGUUGGAGAGUGAACUAAAAAUUGUAGAAUGAAUCACAUUGUUUCACGCUUAAAGGACUGUCUGUAGAAGAAUGCGCAUGUUUGAUUGAAAUAAGGGUUUAUCGGCAUGUCGGGGAAAAUAAACAAGGGACUUAAAGCCUCCGUCGGAUGAAGACAUCAGCAGUGGACAGUUUCUGCUCGCAUGGAAAACUAACUUCCUGCCAAUUUUUCCUUCAAGGAGUAGGAUGGCCAUUCAUUUCCUGUACUUGUUGUGGAGUUGGGUUGUGGAUUGCAGCUACGCUAUCUGUUAUAUUUCAA